UCGAGUGGCAGCGCUACGGGUGCCAAAAGCGGAGGCGGAUGCACGCUAAGAAAGAUGGCGCCUAGCAGCUGGCAGCACAGACUGGUUGGGUUCUCCGAAGAAAUUGACUGGAAGCCCCUGAAUUUCGUCAGGGCCAUUCCUGCAAACAGAAUCUGCAGCGCUUGCGGACUAGUGCACAGGAAUUCCGCAUUGCUCGAUUGCGGCCACGUUCUGUGUUACAACUGCUACGAGCACUCGGCAGCUGAGGACGGACAUGUUUGCCCAUUAGACGGCGGCCGCUACUCGGAAGAGGACGUCGAAUGGAGGCACUUUUCUGCCGAGAAACUUCUACAAAGAGAGGUAAAAUGCUGGAAUGAAGAAGCUGGAUGUCAAGCCGUGAUAUCUGCGUCCAAUAUCAGCAAGCAUUACCGCGAUGAGUGUCAAUACCACUCAAUAUCUUGCCCGAAGUGCUCGGCGACUGUGCUGUACCACAGUGCUAUCACGCACAUAAUGUCAGGAUGCCGGGCGGUGUCCUGCACGCCAAGAAAGAGCGAGAACUCAAAGGAAAGCGACGAAACUGUGGAUAUCGCACAACUAAGGGAAUCCCUGCGGGCGGCUGUCACCGAGAUCAAGGCCGGGUUCCAGCAAAUUCAUGGCUUCAACAACGCACAGAAGGCAACACUCGACCAUGCCUGUCAAGGAAUAAACUCCCUCAAAGAAGCUAUGUCAGUAAGAGGGACUAAGGCGUGCGGCAGUCGCUUUGCAGAAAGUGCACCUGGUGUCCGUGACAUUAUGGAGGAAGUAAUAGAAACCCUGGCCUCGGCGAACAUCCGUCUAUACGGCAUCUUUCUUAAUAUCAAAAGUGUUAAGGAAAAAGUGCAACAAAAAGCGACAAAUGAAGAAGUCGCAAAGCAGGCUGCUGAAAUUUCCACGUUGAAACUUGAGUUUAAGGACCGCAGCCAAAGGGUGCUCGCCCGGGUUGAAGACGUGCUCCUGCACCUUUCGCUGAGCACUUCACGUCACGAAUUUAUCCUCAAGAAAGUAACCUCACUCAAAGAAGCUGCGCUAAAGAAUGGCUCGGUUCUGACAGAGUACAGGCGCCUGUACUCACGUGCGUACUGCGUGGUUCCAGGAGUUUAUUUUAAGAAAAACGGGGACUCGGUAUCCCUGCACAUUUCUAUCCAUUUAGAAGAAGGCCCGUUUGACGAUUUCCUUCGCUGGCCCUUCCGCCAUAAGAUCGAGCUCAGUGCAGUGCAUCCAGUUUCGGGAAAACUGUGGAAGCUUCAGUUUAUGAACAAAAACUGUCACUCCCCCAAUCUGUCCAAGCCGGGCAACGGAUUAGGUCACGUGACAUACCCGUCCUUCAGUCUGAAUGAACUUGAGCGUGACGGCUAUCUGAAGGAAGACGAAUUGCGGUUCAUAUGGGAAACACUUCUGUGAAAGCAUUUCGAAUGACAAUUCAUAGUAGUAGUUCCUGAACUCACUGGCGGUGUUACGUGCAUUUUCACGUGCCUUACAACCGCGAUUUUUAUUGCCCGUAGCCUAGUGCAUUUGUAUUAGGUUUUGUAUUAUUCUUACGUGUGUGCGGGGCUGUAAUUUUUCUUUAGAACCUACAAAGCCGAUGACGGCGCUUAAUGUUCUGACUAAAAUAAACGUCUAAUCAAUACGUUAUUGCGCUAACAGGAAAAUAACGACUUAGGAAGAAAAGUCGGAAACGACAGUUCGAGCGCUGAACUUCAACUGUUUUUAUUCGCACGACAAAGCAGGCAGAAUCAAGAGUUGCGCAUGCGCAUAUGAACGUCGUAUAGAGCGAUUACACUGGUGUUUUUAACAGCUGCAUCUUGUUGUCAAACAGAAAGACAAACUUGUCACUAAUGCAACUCGUGCCUCUCUCUUUUAUGUAAUAUGCCUCCAAUAGUUACCUUGCUGUUAGUAUUUUCCUGUCAGCGCGACAAUGUAUUCAUGAGAUCUCAACCAACACGCCCAGCAACAAGUUCUACUAAAAUAAACGGUGCCCAGUAAUUCAAGCCAGCAGUAUUUUAUUAUUUCACAUAGACAGUGCUAACGUACAAUCAGAGUCCUUCCAUGUUUUUCUGGUCACGAAACUCCGCCGUCACUCUAUGGGAGAGGUUCAUAUACUGCCCAAAGGUGCCGCGACGCGGCGCCACUGUGCCACAGAGGGCAUCGUUCGCGUACCGAAAUGCGUGCGCAGUGCGAGGCGAGCUGACUGAUCGGGUGCGUUCUGUGCGUGUGCUGUGCUAUUUUUCGAGUGUUGGGCUGUUUGGUUGAAGUGGUGGGGUGGGACAACGAUGCGGAACACGUGUUGCGUGCCUGGGUGCCGUUCCGGCAACAAGGGCACGACUGAAAACUUGUCGUUGUUCUGUUUACCAAAUAACAAGGAUCAGCGCGAGAAAUGGAAGCGGGCCAUACCGCGGCAGGGAAGUGGCGGUUUUAAUUUCGAAUCGAAGUAUACACGUGUGUGCGCGAAACACUUUGACGCCUCGGACAUCGCCACAGCAAAGGGGCAAACUUCAUGUCCAGCAGGGGGUGGUAGGAAACCAACCAGUUGAAGCGGUACCAGUUAAAGGGACGCAGUAGGUAUCACGAUUAUCGUGUAAAGGUGACCACUUACAAAAAAUUGCGAUGCUGAUGAUGAAGGAGAAUAAGGGUGUUGUGAGAUCUGAUCAGGGCAUUGAUGACAAAACACAUUUGCUUUAUGCUUUGUUGCAACCUCAAUUUGUGUUAUACCAGGAUAGAGUAGUUCACAGCAAUAGCGCCCUUACCCCGACCAUCUAUGAAAGGUAUAGCAUUAGAAUUCCUUUAAAUGCAAGUGUUAAAACAGAAUAAUAUGCAUUGUUUUAUUUUCCAUUGUCCUUUAGUCUUGGCUAUUGCUGGGCUACAAUUCUUCAAUUGCAUGUACUUUUAAGUCUAUAAGCUGCUAUGAGUAAGAAGGUUAUUAGCACACUGUUAGCUACAUUUGUAUUGUGAUUUGCUGAGCAAGUUUUGUUUGCAUGUUUAAGUAACAGCUGAAGAAGUAGAAAGGUGGUAUCUCUAACAAGCCAUUUAAAAAAAAAUUGCUGUAUUUGUGAUGUGGCUACUUGUGUUCGUUGAGCAGCGUGAAUAAGUGCUGGGCUUACUGACGCUUCUAAACGACUAGUGCUUGCUAAGGCAAUUGCCUAAUUACAGCUAGUUUCAACUGUGCAGGUCCUAACACUGCAGGUUCGCCUUAAUCCGUUGUUAAAAGCCGCACCGAAGACAUUUAGUAGCGAAGUUCGUCUUGCAUUAAUUCUACCUAAAUCUUAUUCAGAAAUGGCAUCGCUUCGCAAGAAAUCUUAAGCGCAUGGAGCAGCUCAGUUCCCUUUUCUUUGUCAAUAAGUAUUCUACGGUAGCAGCCCUUUGCAAUAGCAAUUUCAUUCUUUUGAUCUCGUUAUAAGAUUCUGCCCACAGAGUCCUUCUCUGCCACAGUUUAACAGAAACUGAACAGCUGUGCUCGGCGAACAAUCUGGCGCUAUGCGUAACGGAGAAUUGGCGCUUACUCAUCUGGUGAUAAGUGGGACCACUGGCGUUUUGUUGCGAAUGCGCGGUGUUUAAUUUAAGGCCAAUAUUAAAAAGCGGAGCCCACCGAAGCGUUGAGGCGAACGGUGAUGACGAAGCAAUCCGGACCGAGACCGCCCGGCCGUGUACAGCGGACGCAUUUCGACGGGGGCGAAAUGCAAAACACCCGUUUAUUUAAAUUUAGGUGCAUUUUAAAGGAUCCCAGGUUAUCAAAACUAAUCCCGAGUCCCCCACUACGACGUGCCUCAUAAUCGUAUCGCGGUUCUGGCUCUUAAAAUUCCAGAUCUUUAUUUUUUUCGGUCUGAGACCGCCGCAAGCUCCAUGUUAUGAGCGGCUUUUUUUUUUUUUCGUCCCGUGCGCUCAUAUCAUCGCAGAAGACACGCUCAGGUAGUAAUUUAAUUAUAUUCAAUGUUAAAAAUAGUUAUGUGAGAGUAAAGCGAUCGUUGAGGAAGUUGAGAAAGCUAGAAUACCGAGGCUGCCCCACACACAACCACAGCGGUAGCGGCGUUCGCAUGCCCUCUCAUGCACGGUUGCGCCUCUAGCGGCGGGCGCUGGCGCUAUAUGAAACUGAGGCGGCAGUUUCGUGACCAGAAAAAACAUGGAAGGACUCUGGUACAAUGUACACUCGUGGGAAACAAUGCAAUUAAAUUAUUUCGGUACAGUUAAUAAACCGAGGCUUCUGUGUAACCGCUUUUGCGUAAGCCAGGUUUCUCUCGUGAAAAUAAAUUAUUGCGCAGAGCAAUCUUUGCCCUAUUUGUCAAU